AUGUUGAUGGAUAUGAUUAUACACAGUUUUAUUUGCCGAUUACUACAACAGAUGUAUUCUGUUGUACAGUUAAUUGAACUAGCGCUCAUUACUAUAUCCAUGGGUUUAGCUUUGUCUCCAAAAAUUGCUGAAAAAAGGCACUAUCCUGAAAAUGGUAUUGUAUUCACUGCCGCAGCUAUUCCCCCGGCUACACCACCUGAAGCAGAAAGUGAGCCAUCAUGCUCUUCAUCCAGCGCAAACAGUCCAUUGGCAUUGUCCAGUGGUCCGCCUUCGCCAAUCCGUAUUGAGAAACCCACUCCACAGUUCCACAGAACCACCUUCUCUCUCAAUCUGGCAAACCGCUAUGGUACACUCCCGGUUUAUCACUUUGAACCUCGGGAUCCAAUUGACUACUACCACCCAGAUUACAUGCAUUCGACGUUCCGGAAACUGUUGGACGAUUUCGUAUCAUGGCCUCGACCUAUAAAAGCUUUGCCAGAAACUGACCCCAUCAAACCGUAUUCUGCAGAUGCUGUUACCUACGUUCGUGGCCAUACACCCCUCUCAAGCAGCAGCAACAUUAGCAGUAGCAGCAGCAGCGGCAGUAGUUGCAUUGGUGGUAUUGAUGGUAGUAGUAGUAGUAGUAGUGGUGGUGGUGGCGGUGGUGGAGGAACCUGUAGCGGCAGUGAUCACAGUAUCAGCAAUGACAACAGCAACUACAACAAUCAUAAAAACAACAAUAUCAACGGCAGCAGCAGUGAUGUAACAAAGGACAACAACAACAACAACAGCAAUAACAACAAUAAUAAUAAUAAUAAUAAUAAUUAAUAAUAAUAAUAAUAAUAAUAAUAUAA